UGCAAGAUUUCCAUUGCAAAAUAUUGUUUUAUAAAAUGCUUUCUAUAUCACUAUAAAUUAAUAUUUGUGUGACUGUUAUAUCCUACCCAGUAAAGCAUAUAGUUAUGGAAUGCAACAGAGUACCAAAUCUGAACUCAUACAAUUACAUAAGAGAAGGGAGCCGCAUAGAAGCAAAUACAACCGACAACAGUCCUUCAAAAUAUCCAGAAUACUGUAAAACAAUCAAAGUCCAAGAUUCUCAUGGUGGCGUGAAGGAACUGGUCUUCCCUAAGGCCUUGGAUUUGGAUCGUCCAAAGCGGGCCAGAACAACGUUUUCUCCAGAACAACUGUUCCAGCUAGAGAAAGAAUUUCAGAGAAACCAAUACUUGGUUGGAAAGGAAAGAACACAACUUGCCAAACAGCUCAAGUUGUCAGAGACUCAGGUAAAAGUAUGGUUUCAGAACAGACGGACCAAGUAUAAAAGGGACAGAUCACGAGACAAUGAAACAGCUGAUUCAAAAUCUGAAAGUUUAGCAGCAUGCAAUAUAUUAAGACUGUUACAAAAUCAAGUUCCAAGGCCUAAUUGCACGAGUUACCUUCCACCAUAUCCCUACUCAUUUUCUGGAUAUAGUGCCUCGUGA